UUGUUAGGGUGACUCGAUGUCACUGUCAGAUGAUACCAUGGCAGGAAGACGCGAAGGAGACACGAGCACGCUUGUUGAUCAGGAAAAGAUCCCGGAUAAGACUGGCCAAGAGGGAACAUUUAAGACCGGAAUUGGCAUUGCUCUAACGUGCAUAGGAUGCAUGGUGGGAACAGGAAAUAUCUGGAGAUUUCCUCGAAUCUUAGCCAACAACGGAGGCCAGCAAGGCUGUCUGCAAUUCUUGAUGGUAUGGGUCCUCUUCCUCUUCAUUUGGUCCAUUCCCAUGCUGGUCAUCGAGUAUGCCAUGGGCCGCUACACCAAACGCUCCACCAUCGUCUCUUUUCAGCGCAUGAUCGGCGACAACAACAUGUGGGGCGGGGCCUGGAUUGCCAUGGUUACCCUGGGCAUAUCGGCAUAUUACUCUGUGAUCAUCGGCUGGUGUCUGUACUAUCUAUUCUAUUUUAUGGUCAACGUACUCCCAACAACGUCCGAGGAAAGUUUCAGCAUCUUUGAUGAUUUUGUCGAGGAUUCUUGGAUGCCCGUACUGUGCCACUUUGUCACCAUCCUCCUUGGGGCUGUCUCGGUGGCCUGGGGUGUCAAGAGCAUCGAGUUGGCCAACUGCAUCGUGGUUCCUCUCUUCCUUCUUCUCCUGCUCUUCACCUUCAUCUGGAGCAUGACAUUGGAGUAUGCUGGCCGUGGCCUGAAAUUUAUGUUCUCACCAGAUUGGGAACAGUUCCGAGAGCCCCGGAUGUGGGUUGACGCCAUUACCCAGAAUGCAUUUGACACAGGGGCCGGCUCAGGGCUGUUUGUCUCGUACGCUGCUUUCAUGACAGCGAAAAACGGCAUUGUCCGCUCUGCCAGCCUAGUGCCUCUGUGCAACAAUGUUAUCAGCCUCGUCUGCGGAAUGUUGACAUUCGCCACAGUCUUUGCAACGGAAGUGAAAAAUGGAUCGUCGACAGAACAAAUUGUCGAACUUUUGAAAGAAAAUGGACCCGGAAAUACAGGACUAACCUUUGUAUGGAUGCCUAUCCUGUACAACCAGAUCAAUGGAGGCCGAGUUUUGAUGGUCUUUUUCUUCUUUGCACUCUUACUGGCCGGUUUCAGCUCCCUCGUGGCCCAGCUGGAGCUGUUCGUCCACAACGUCAAAGAUUUUGGAGUCUCGAGAAAGAAAGCUUCAGGGUUCGUGGUCCUGUUGGUGUUUCUUCUCGGCCUUGGCUCUGCUCUCAGUCUUGACUUCCUUGCUAACCAGGAUUUCGUCUGGGGUUUUGCUCUGCUCCUGUCUGGGAUGGCCUUGCAGUAUCUGGUCAUCCGCUUCGGCGCCAGGCGUUUCCGCCAAGAGCUGACCAAUAAUUUCAGUGAGAGUGACUGGCCACUGCCCCUUAUCUGGGAAUGGAUCGUAAAGUUUAUUGCACCUUUGGAGGCUGUAGCACUGAUCGUUUGGUGGAUCGUCACAACAAUACAAGAGUCUGAACCUUGGUAUAGUUUCGCCACAGAGAGUUUUAUGAUAACAAUCGUACAGUGGAUAGGCUUUUUUGCUCUCAUCCUGGUACUGAACUUGCUGUACGUGAAGUUCAUCAGACGCUAUUUUCCCAUACCUAAAGAUGACUCAGGAUUACUCCUGCCCUCAGCUGAUAAUGAAGUUAAGGGCAUCGAUGGAACGUACAAGACUUUCCACGAAGAGACCACCCUCAGUGACGAAGGGUAGUGCUAGGUCAGUAUAAACCUGGUGAAGGCGCUGUGGAUUUGGUCACUGAGCGCCGCGAGUGGAUGAUAGGUGGCAGCUGCUGCAACUGAACACUGGGGUCAGUUUCAGGAAGCAAUACCAUUCAUGUAAUCACUUUCUAUUAGUGCCAUAAGCUAUUUUAAGAAAUUUUCGAAUGUCGAAUUUCAUUUUUGAUUGUGACCCAUUUCACUGGUCGGGAUCAAAAAUGAUCGGAGCUUUUGAGACUCUGUGAUUCUUUUUCGAUCGAUAUUGUCGUCGGUAAGCAGCUGAGUUUCUAUUAAUAAGUGUAAUUAAUCCCACGUGGAUGCCUGUGGGUGUAACCUGUCCAAGUUAAUAUUUUUCCGAAUGCAGUAUUAAAUAAAGUCGUAAAUGACAAAUGGGCGUGAAAUCUUUGUUUUUCUGUGUUCAUUUUAUUUCCAGAUAAUCUGUUUGGUAGCAUACAUGAGAUAAGUUCGAGUUAAUUAACUGUGCAAUUAUGUCAUAGAAGUUAACUUGUCACAAUUAAGGACGUGUAUUAUAACCUGCAUUGUAUUACAAUUUAUUGUGAAUUAUCAGAAGCGUAAGCAGGGAAAUAUGGAAAGAUUUCCCAAACUUAAAAUGCAGUUCAUUUCCACAAUAAAUUGAGACAGGAGUAAAUUGUCGUAUGAAUAAACUAUGAUCUUAUUUUAGCAUUUAUAUUACUUGUCCAUUACAUCAUGUCGAUUGGUAAAUGUAUUAUGAAUGUCGUUAGAUUCGUGUUUUCUGUGUUGUCUUUGAACUGAGCAGUGCAUAAGAACGUGAUAUUUUUUAUAUAUAUUUUCUCAUUGCACGCAUGAGAAGGCAUGAUGGGUGUGAAGUUACUUUCUAUUUUAAAAGGAAGGGCUUUACUCAAAUGACUGUUCCCAUUCCAGUUAAAAGUUUUUCGGAAACAAACGGGGGAGAGUUACGAAGCAGAAUUAGAGUCAAAAAGAUCAGAACACGUUUUCCGAGAAAUCUAAUAAUUUUUAACAAUCGAUUUUUUUCAAUGUAAUGUUUUUUAUAACAGAACGUACUUUGAAUUUUUGAAUUCAUUUUCCAAAACCGAAUGAAAUCUUUCGUACCUAAUAUAUCUUUUGGGGAUGAAAUUUUACAGACCUAACAUGUUUUUAAUAUUCGAAUGAAAUUUUUUUU